AUGGAUAUGAUAAGAAAUGGAGGGUACGAGUUGGAGCCGCAAUCAGCGGCGGAGAAAGCGGUGUCGGUGAUUGGGUUGGGAUACGACGUUUGCAAAGACAUUCGUUUGGGGGUAUGCAAAUGCAGAGUGUUGGAGCUUGACAUCAAUCACACUAAGAACCUCGAAUUUCCCGGCGGGGUUGUCGUUCCCAACGUUCCCUCUUCCGUCAAGUGUCACCCGGGAGAACGCUUAAGGCUUUCCCACAUCCUUCCCUUUGAUGAGAUGUCUAAGCUAUUUAAUCAAAAACUCUCUUUAUCAGGGAAUAUCCCAUCUGGCAUGUUCAAUGCGAUGUUUGACCUGAGAAGUUGCUGCUGGAAGAAAGAUGCAACGUCCACGAAAAUGCUGGGUUUUGAUGGGUGGUUCAUAACAUUGUAUGAAGUUGAGUUAGAUGGAUCACACAGGACCAUUGCCAACGAUGUUAUCAGAGAAGUCCCAUCUUCAUGGAAUCCUGCUGCUCUUGCCGAGUUUAUCGAGAAAUAUGGCACCCAUUCUGUUGUCGGCGUGAAAAUGGGAGGAAUGGAUGUGGUUCAUAUAAAGCAGUUAACAAAGUCAAAUCUUGAACCCGCUGAAGUGCAAAAAUUGCUAAAGCAAGUAGCUGAUGAGAGGUUUUCUAGGGAUUUAAAUACAAGUUAUGGUGGCAAUUCUGAAAUAUCACAAAUGCUGAAGAAUGAUGAGGAGAUUCCUUGGGAAGUCCAUAUAGCUCUUGCUGCUUCAGUUAAUCCACAUGUCAAAAGUCUUACAAAAAAUCAAGAUAUCAUGAGCAUUUCAGUUCGAAGGGGUGGUUAUUUUGGUAUUGACCAAAAUCAUGAUAAGUGGAUUUCUACCGUAUCACAAUCACCAAAUGUCAUAUCAAUGAAUCUUGUGCCUAUUACGUCACUAAUGAAUUCUGUUCCUGGCAUUGGAUUUUUAAACCAUGCAAUAAAUUUGUAUCUUAAAUAUAAACCCCCAAUAGAAGAACUUCAUCAAUUCCUAGAAUUUCAGUUACGUCGUCACUGGGCUCCAGUGUAUGAUCAACCUCUUAGAUUUGGUUCCAAUCAUAGAAGAAACAAGUCUCCAGCACUUCAGUUCACAUUCAUGGGGCCAAAGCUUUAUAUAAAAACGAUGCAGGUUGAUUGUGGAUAUCGUCCUAUAACUGGUCUUCGAUUGUUUUUGGAAGGUAGAAAAAGUGACCACCUAGCAAUCCAUCUUCAGCACCUCUCCAAUCUUCCCAGUACAAUUAAAGUGUUGGACCAUCAUAAUCAUAAUUGCAUUGAUGAACUAAUUGAAAACAGAGCCGCUUACUUUGAACCUGUUAAGUGGAAAAUGUUUUCACAUAUAUGCACUGCCCCUAUACAAUGUAAUGGUUCACUUAUUGAUGAGUCCUCAUGUAUUGUGACAAAGGCAUGGUUUGAGGUAAAGCUUAUUAAAAUGAAGAAAGUUCUUUUCUUGAGGCUUGGAUAUUCAGCAGUAGCAUCAUCCAAAAUUCGAAAAUCAGAAUGGGAUGGUCCUUCAUCCGCAUCACGAAAAUCUGGAUUUUUCUCAGUAAUGAUGAGCACAUUGCUUAGCCAAGAAUUGCACCAACCUGGAAUUGAGACUGAAAAGCCACCUAAGGAGGAUAUUGAUUCAGCAGUGGCCACAGGAACUUACAAUGUUGAGUCUACUACUGAUGCACCUGUACCAACAAAGACUCCUAAGAUGUUGAGGUUUGUAGACACAAAUGAAGUUGUUAGGGGUCCAAAUGACACUCCUGGAUAUUGGGUUGUCACUGGAGCCAAGCUCUCGGUAGAGGGUGGCAAAAUCUCCAUUAGAGUCAAGUAUUCAUUGUUAGAUAUAAUAAAUGGAUGA